AUGUCUCCACAGACUUCCUGUGACCUGCUGCUUCUGUCUCCUCUCAGGCACAAGAUAGACGCCGACCAGAUCGAGAAGAUCGCCAAAGACGCCAACGACACGUCGACCAAAGCGCACAACCUGCUGCUGAAGACUCUGGACGGAGAGAGCAAGACGAGUCAGGAGAUCGACGAGCUCAACAAGAAGUACAACGAUGCGAAGGAACUCGCCAAGAAUCUGGAGAAACAGGCCAACAAGGUUCAGGCGGAGGCGGAAGACGCCGGAAACAAAGCUCUCAAGAUCUUCGCCAACCUGACGAGCCUCCCGCCCAUCGACACCAAAGCUCUGGAGGAUGAAGCCAGUAAGAUCAAGAAGGAGGCGUCGGACCUUGACAAGCUCAUCGACAAGACGGAGAAGGAAUACAACGACCUGAGAGACGACCUGAAGGGCAAAGAGCAGGAAGUGCGCAAACUGCUGGAUAAAGGCAGAAGUGAGCAGCAGACUGCAGAUCAGCUGUUGGCUCGAGCCGACGCUGCCAAAGCUCUGGCUGAGGGGGCGGCGAAGAAAGGACGGUCGACCUUCAGAGAGGCGGAGACUAUCCUGGAGGACCUCAGAGACUUCGACAAGAGAGUCAACGACAACAAGACCGCCGCGGAGGACGCUCUGAAGAAGAUCCCCGCCAUCAACGCCACCAUCAUGGCCGCCAACCAGAAGACCAAGCAGGCGGAGGCGGCACUCGGCAACGCGGCCGCAGACGCCCGAGAGGCCAAGAACAAAGCGGAGGAGGCCGAGAAGAUCGCCGGCAGCGUGCAGAAGGGUUCAGCCAAGACCAAGCAGGACGCAGAGAAAGCCUUCCAGGACACCAACAAGCUGGACGAGGAGGUCGGGGACAUGAUGGAUCAGCUGGACGCCGCGGAGCAGGAGCUCGCCCGGAAGAAGGCCGAGGCCGACCAGGACAUGAUGAUGGCCGGCAUGGCGACGGACAACGCAAAGGAGGCGGAGGACAACGCCCGCAAGGCCAAGAGCGCCGUGAAGACGGUGCUGAGCACCAUCACCGUCCUGCUGGAUCAGCUGGGAAACAUCGACAAGGUGGACCUGAGCAAACUGAACCAGAUCGACGAGUCCCUGAAGAGGGCCAAGGGCAAGAUGGGCGACAGCGAGCUGGACAGGAAGCUGACGGAGCUGAACGAUGUGGCGAGGACUCAGGAGGACAUGAUCAACGACUACGACCGGCAGAUCCGCGAGAUCCGCGACGACAUCACCAACCUCAUCGACAUCAAGAAGACGUUACCCGAAGGCUGCUUCAACACGCCGUCUCUGGAGCGGCCUUAACCCCCCCCCCCCCCAUCACUCCCCUCACAUCUAACACUCUGGCAUCACGCCACCUUUUACCAAAACAGUUUUUUAAACUUUUUGUUUUGUCCUCAGAUUCUUGUCUUUGAAUAUUUCAAGCCACGUGUUUUAAUUUGUUUUGUUUUUGUUUGGAGACGCAGUAACGUGGUUACGGUAGAAUGAACUAAGCGGCGUCGAGAAGCCGCGCAGAGAGGUGGAAGAGCCUCGGAGAAAAGAACCACAAACCCGACGUGACUGCACCCGUCUGUUUCACCAGCAGGAAGCUCCUCGCGUAUUACCUAUCAUGCCUUGGGACACUCCACAUACUUAUUAUUUUACACUUGUCAUGCAGCUGAAUGUACGGCUUCACACUGUUAGAGCGCCGCCAUCUCUGGCGGGUUCAUUUAAAAUCAGCCAUGUUUUCAGACACCACACAGUGAAGGAACUCGCUCUUCUUCUUCUCUCCCAGAGCCUCGUGCCUCACGCGCCGCAGAGGGAAAGUGUUUCACUUCAACAGUAUUUCACAAGUCAGAGAGUCUGAGAACAUCUGUUUUACAUCUUGUGCACGAGAUGUGACGUGAUGUGAACUCUUCUGUGGCUCCAGUCGGUGUUGAUGGUGAAUGUUGCAGCAAUACAUUCCUCAGUGCGUGCAUGUUGAGAACGCCUACAUGUACCAGGAUGCAUUGCGCUCGGCCUCUCUGCACUGCGUUUCUCUGGCCGUAUACUCCGGCUCGUGUGUGUAUAUAUAUACACACACACAUACACAAGUAUCCGAGUCAGCUGAAACUUUAAAACAUCCUCUGCACGAGUAUUGUGGGACGUCGUUUCCGCUGUUUGUAAUUCAAGAGAAGAAGAAGUUCUGAAGUAGUUUGUAGUUUUACUGAACUCCAACUGUUACAUGACGUCACAUGUCGCUGCAGACAUCCACCAUCAGCACUGACUGCACCGCCACAUGAAGACGGAUUCUCCCUUUCACAUGUGUGCAGACAUUUCACAAGGGGGGGGGGGGGCAUUUUGGGAACAAAAUAGUAACUUGUAUCUUGUUCCCAAAACCUCCAACGUCAGCUGAGACACAAGUAAUCAUGUCGUGUUGUUUAACGUGUAUUAACAGUAACAGAUGAAAGAUGAUGCGAGUUCUUCUCACGCUUCUCCAGGAUAAAUCACACACUAUGCAACUUUGUACAUUUUGCGUAGCGAGAAUUCUUUCUGAUACACUGGUGCUAAUAACUAUUUCAAAUGUUAUAUUUUUGUUUGAAUGUUUUUUAUUCUGACAAAGUGAGGAAUGUGUUAUUUGUGUAAAUAUAUAAAUGAUUCAGAAACACAAACUGCACCAUGUGUCACAUCAACCUCCAGGGGAACUAUAUAUAAGUCUCUAUGAUGUGCUGUGUUCUUAUGAGAAGCUUGCUUGUAUACAAGGCUCAGUGUUGCUGCCUCACAGCGACGACAUUAUUUCAUUUGUGUUUUAUUGAUUCAACUGAAUAUGUUUAGUUAUUCACGGAGCUCUGACCCCGUCGGGACAUCACGAUGAUCGUGUUGCUACAGUAGUUUUAAUUAGUGUUUUGUGCCUUAAUAUAAAGUUCGGUUGUAAUCACA